AUGGCCCCAGUCACGCUAAGCACAGUGGAUGACGACCUGAAGGAGGUAAUCCAACACCUCUUCGAGAUCCAAUCCGCCGUCCACGGCUACCUAGGCCCAGAGACUCAAACCGAGCUCGUCAGAAAAAUCAAAAACCUCACCCUCGCCCUCUCCACCCUCUCAACACACACCAAACCCCAGCCCCCGGACCGGGACCCGGACCAGGCCGAACCAAGCACCAGCACCAGCGACGACCCGCUCCUCAGCGACGUCCAACUCCCCCCCGAGAUUAUUGACUAUGUGGACGCGGCGCGCAACCCGGACAUCUACACGCGGGAAUUCGUGGAGCUGGUGCAGCGCGGGAACCAGGAUCUGAAGGGGAAGAAGGAGGCGUUUGCGAGUUUCCGGGAUGUGCUUGCUAGGGAGAUGAGGAGUGCGAUGCCGGAGUGUAGGGGGGAGGUGGAGAGGGUGCUUGCUGCUACGGGGGGAGGGAGUUCACCCUCAGCAGUGAACAGAUAA